AUGGGUUUUGAAUAUACGGAACUAAUUCAUGAUAUGAGUGUUGCUCCUCAAGCUCCUUAUGUGUUCAAAAAGAGGGAAAGUUACCGCACAAAGCUAAUACGCAUUGAAGCUUAUGUGGGAGUGACAAGCAUCUUGUUAGUCUUCCUGGUUCUAUUUGGAUCAUUCCGACGCCGUAGCCGUAGCUCUGCGGUCAAAUACUUGACAUGGAUUGCCUACUUCCUGUCUACAAAGUUGAUAACCUACACCUUGGGGCAGAUGCAGUCAACUACGUUCUACGACGAGAUGUUUGCCGUGUGGGCGGUGUUUAUGGGCGUUGUCCUCAGCAACUCUGAUGCCAUCUCCGCCUACAGCUUGGAAGACAACGAACAUCGAAAGAGAUAUAAUUUGGAAAUGCUUGUUCAAUCAUUUUGGGUGGGCUAUUUAAUUGGUGAAUGUAUUAAUUCAACAGAACUAAUGAUUCAACUAUAUAUUGUAUGGUUCUUGUCCCUUGGCAGAGCAGGAGAAAGAAUUGAAGCUUUGAUGUCGGCUAGCAAAGAUGGUUUGGCAGAACACAGCAAAUUGGUCUCAGACUAUAUGUGGGACGAGCACGCGUUGAGCAAGGAUGAUCAUGCGGUAGAUCCAGUUUCCAUGAAAGGAUACAAUUACUUGGUGACUGGGGAGAAUGAAAACCGGGUCAACCACGUGCUGCCACUCUACCGAAAGAAGCUAGAUAUCACCGUUGAUGAAGUUGUCACUGUCCAUAAAAUCUGGGAGUGCAAAGGAAGUCUUUUAAGCUCCAGAAAUGACCCAAACAACCGUCUUAAGGACAUUUGCCUAUCAUUUGCGCUGUGUAGGCUUCUGCGUCGGAGAUUUGGCCGAUAUCUCUUACACGAAAGUUGUCAAGACAAGACGUGGAAUUUUGUUCGUUACGGAUUACUUUCUGAGAGCGGUGAUGAUGAUCAUGACGAGAGAGCAUUCAGAGUUGUUGAGGUAGAACUCGCUUUUCUCUAUGACUCCUUGUACACAAAGUAUCCUGCACUCUUUGCUAAUGGAUUCCCAAAACUGAGACCGUUUGUCUCUCUCUUAAUUGUCGUAUUGGGUUGCUGGAUAGUGGGAUCUUUUCUCCAUCGUUACAACACUCCUUAUGGAUAUAGAAGCCUUACUUUCGGUCGGUUUAACUGUGACGUUCUUCUCACAUAUCUAGUUAUAUUUACUUUCCUUUUCAUCGAAGUUAUGCAAUUAGUCUUUAUAUUUUCUUCUGACUGGGCCAAGGUACUGUUCGUUUGUAAGUAUGUUGCGAAACCCUCUUGGCGAACGAAACGCAUAGUGGAGAAGAUAUUAGGCUUUGUAUGCCACAGUCGAUCAUGGUUAAACUCACAACCUUGGGAGAGAAAGCUUGGUCAAUACGAUCUUAUCAAACACUUUGAUCAUGACCCUUGCAAAUUGAUUAACAACUGGUUUGUCUCCCCUUAUAAAGACCUAAAAAGAAAGGGUGAGAAAGAAAAUAAGCGCAUCAAGUUAACAACGGAGGUGAAGAAAGCAGUCGUUCUUUCGUUUAAGACCAAUGGUCGAAAAUUGAGCAACGGUUUAGCUUCUCUGCAGCGUAAUGGCUUCGCCGAUCAGUUCUCUUGGGCAUGUCGGCUUGAGACGCAAACACAUGUUGUUCUGGUCUGGCACAUAGCCACCACUCUUUGCGAAAAGUCACUGUCGUUUUCGCAAACUGAAAUCAGUGCUGCAAAAAGCAAAUAUUUCAACGUGGCCAAUGCCUUAUCCAAGUAUUGUGCCUAUUUGGUGGCUUUUAAACCGAGGCUUUUACCUGAUCAUGCUUAUACAACCGAGUUCAUUUUCAGCCGCGUAGUUUAUGAAGCGAGAGAUCUUCUCAAGGGCUGCAAAACUUCAGAAAGCAAGUGCCGAAAAAUGAUGAAAUUAGGCCAUGAAGGUGAUCGCGAGAACGAGAUAAUAAAAAGAGGGGCGGUGCUGGGAAAGCAGUUGAUCGAUGAGACAGAAAAUUGGGAGCAAUUAUGGAAGGUGUUGUCGGAGUUUUGGGCCGAGAUGAUGCUGUUUGUAGCCCCCUCAGAUGACGUAACCGCCCAUGCAGAGAAUUUAGCCACCGGCGGAGAGUUUGUGACGCACCUUUGGGCUUUGCUCACCAAUGCAGGUAUUCUUAAUAGAUCAGAACAAGCUGUUGAUCAUCUAGAUGCUUGA